AUGCAACACUCGCAGAGCGAUGUGGCGCUGGGUACCAACGGUAGUUGGGCCGACCUCAAAAUCGCUGAGGGACUCAAGAAGCGCAGCAAUACGGCGCAAAACCUCCAGUUCUAUGUCGAGGAGCAGAAACGUCUGUAUCAAGAGUUGCCCUUUUCGGUCCUUCCGGGUAUGCGAAGGCAAUCAUUCCAACGUGAGCGCAGCUUUUCCAACCUCAAGUCACGCAGUUCCUGGGGAUCUUUUACCAACCUUGUGGCCAGAGGAGAAGACCAACCGCUGCUAGGAGGCGAUGACGAGUUUCCGGAACCAGGCUACACGAUCCCGUUGCUACUGAGCUGCGGCGUAGCGCUUAUGAGCGCCUUUCAGUUCGGCUAUAACACGGGCGUAACAGGAGGUAUCAACUCUGACAUUAUCUUUCCAGGUCACUCUGACAUGCAGUGGGCCAUCUGCGUAUCUAUCUUCGCCAUUGGGGGUCCUAUUGGAUCACUCACUGCGGGUCAAAUGAGUUCAGCACUGGGCCGCAAGAAGGCACUUCUAGUGGACUCUUUCCUUUUCAUUAUUGCCGGCCUCAUAAUGGCUUUUUCCGUCAACAUCUACGCACUAAUUUUUGGUCGUUUCCUGGUGGGUUUCGCCUCAGGAACUGUGAGUGUUGUUGUGCCGCUUUAUCUUGGUGAGCUCGCACCACCUAAUCUGCGUGGUGCUUUGGGUACAGGGUACCAGCUCUUUAUGGUCAUCGGUAUUUUGGCUGCUGAUCUGUUGGCGUUUAGCUUCUCUGGAGAAAGUCACGGUUUCUCCGACCCUGGUUGGCGUUUGUUGUUCGGUUUUACGGUCAUUCCCGGGAUCCUACAGCUGACCUUAGCUUCUUUGCUGACAGAAAGUCCGCGUUGGCUGCUGACCAAGAACAGACCCAAGGAGGCAGCGGAUAUAUUACGUAAACUUCGUGGCUCCAAUGAUGUGUACGAGGAAAUCGAUAGCAUUUGCUCAGCAAGUGACAAUGAAUCGGGUGCCAACACAGGCAUCUGGGACGUGCUCACCGAUCGUAGUAUUCGAUUCCCGCUUGUAGCAGCUGUGGUGCUGCAAAUUGCGCAGCAGUUUAGCGGUAUCAAUGCCGUUAUGUUCUAUGCCAGCUCUUUCUUCAAGAAUGUGGGUUUGAAGGACCCUUUAGUAGGCGCCACGCUGGUGUAUACGGUAAACGUUAUAUCGACGGGUGUUGCGCUAGUACUCAUGGACACGGCCGGUCGCCGACCGUUGCUGAUCUUUUCUACAAGUGGCAUGAUUGUAUCCAGUGUUGUGCUGACGCUGGGCCUGAUGAAUGCGCUUCCGUUUGCAAGUAUGAUUAGCGUGGGCGGCGUCAUGUGCUAUGUUUGGUUCUUUGAGAUCGGUUUGGGUCCUAUUCCGUGGCUGAUUGUGGCGGAGAUGUUUCCUUCUAAGCCACGACCGACUGCCAUGAGCAUUGCUACCAUGGUAAAUUGGUCUUGCAGUUUUGUGGUUGGGCUUAUGUUCCCUACCUUGCAAAGCAAGCUGGGCGAGUACACGUUUGUGCCAUUCGGUAUUUCGCUAUGCAUGGCACUUGCUUUCACACUGAAGUACGUGCCUGAGACAAAGGGUAAGACCAUUGAGGAGAUCCAGGCUGAGCUUAAUCUGAAGCAGCAGCAGUGA